AUGGGGACGAUGGGCGAGUCCACCCGGCGCCGCAUGGCCGCCGUGGUGCAAAGCGCGCAGGGCCUCGGGGCCACUGUGGGCGCCCGCGAGGGGCUCGGCCGCGGCCCGACCGUCGGCGGGUACGGCGGGGGGCUCGGCGGGACGUGGGGGAAGGCGCCCACGGGCCGCUCGACCUCCCAGCGCGCGGAACGCGGCCCGGGCGGCGUCCCCGACGCACCGCUGCGCCCGACGGGCAGUGCAAGACAACUCGGGGGCGCGGACGGGGGCGUCGCGGGCGCGGCGAAGGCGCUGUCGCGGAAGGACCUGUCGCCGGGGCUGCCCGGCGGAACGGGCCACCGUCCGGGCGUGCGGGAGCGCAUUCGGCCGGCCUCUGCAGCCGUGAAGAACGUGUGGGACACGAUGCCGUCUGACAACGUCAAACACUCCCCCGCCAAGAACCGGACCCCCCCCCUCGGCGCCGCCCGCGUCCCCGGCGGCGCGCGCCGCCCCCACACCGCGCGCGCGCGCACGGACGGCCCCGUCGCCCUCGACGCCGACCUCCGCGGCCCCUCCGCGCCGCCACCCGCCGACCCCGCCACCGCCGGGCUGCCCUCUCUCCCGCCCCCUCACGCACGCCGCCGCGCCGCAAGCCACCUCGAACGCGUUCCCGCGCGCCCCAACGCCGUCGAAGCGCGCCGUCGCGCCCGCGCGGCCCCCGACGGACCCGCGCCGCUCGGAGCCGCGGCCCACGACGCGCGCGCGCCCGGCGCCGCGCCGGCCGCGGCGGCCGCCGCCGGCCUGUCCGCGCUGCACCUCCAGAACCUCGAGGAAGAGAUCCGCGGCGCGCUGCGGACGCAGCGCUCCGUGUACGAGGACGAGAAGGCCCUGUUGCUAAAAACGUUCUCGGCGACGGACAGCCAGGGCGACGGCCAGGUCGACAUCGAGGACCUGGAGAACAUCUGCAAGCGGCUCGGCGUGUCGGUCUCGCGCGAGGAGGCCGCGGCGCUGUUCGAGAAGAACGGGUUCCGCGACGCGAUGCCGUACGCGCAGUUUGCCGCCAUUCUUCUCGCCAACCCCCUCCAGCGCCUGGCCGACACGCAGACCGUCCGCCGCGGCGCGUUCGUGGCCGGGCAGCGCGCGGACUUCUACGGCAAGAUCGUGUACCCGCCGUGCCACACGGGCGUCUUCGUGCCGUCCGACUGGGACCCGACGCUGGCCGAGCGCUCGGCGCAGCUCCCGCCCACGCGCCUGCGGCUCGAGUACGUGUACGGCUUCGACGGCAUGUCGUGCACGGGCAACAACCUGUGGUACGGCCCGGACGACAACACCUCGGUGUGGUUCUCCGCGGGCGUCGGCAUCGUGUACGAGCGGCAGCAACACCGGCAGAGGUUCUUCCUGGGGCACAGCGACGACAUCAAGUGCCUGGACGUGCUGCAGUGCCCCGUGGCGCUCGACGGCGUGGAGUACGCCGGGCGGACGAUCGCGGCGACGGGGCAGGUGUCGCACGUCGACGACGGCCCGUACGUGUGCGUGUGGGACACGCGCGUGGGGUCGCAGGACGGCGAGAACCUGCUGCGGAAGAUCAGCCUGCCGAAGUCGUCGCGCGGCGUCAACUGCGUCGCGUUCAGCCCCUGCGGCCGCUUCCUCGCCGUGGUCGCCAUGGACAACCAGCACACGGUGCAGGUGUACGACUGGGCGUCGGGCAGCCUGCUGUCCGAGGGGAAGGGCUUCUCCGGGGAGCCGCCGCAGGUGUUCGGCGUCGCGUGGGACCCGUUCCACGAGGACGUGGGCAUGCCGCCGCGGUUCGUGACGUACGGGCGGAAGCACGUCAAGAUGUGGGUGCUGUCGGAGGCGGCGGGGGCGGGCGGGGAGGUGGCGGUGUCCGCGCGGCUGAUGUCGUUCGGCGGGCAGAAGAUGCAGAACGCGACGAGCUGCGCGUUCUUGCCGCCGGCGGUCGGGGGCGGCGGGGAGGCGCUGGCGGUGACGGGGAUGGCGGACGGGACGCUGUACGCGUGGCGCGGGGGGAAGUGCGUGCGGGCGCUGGACGCGCACGCCGCGGGGCCGAAGCAGAACCUCAACGACGGGUCGCGGGCGACGGUCGGCGUGCGCGGGCUGCGGCUCGCGUAUGUGGGGAGCAAGUGGGUGCUCUACAGCGGGGGCGCGGACGGCGUGGUGCACAGGUGGGACGUGUCGGACGGCACCAUCCGCGACGGCCGCAUGGCGGGCCCUCCGAUCCGCGUCCGGCCGCCCUACGGCGCGCCCGGCGCGCAGCCACCCAUCAUCAAGGCCCUGGACGUCGACUCCACGGGCCGCACGCUCCUCGUCGGCACCGCGGACUGCGACGUCUUCGAGGUCACGGACGCCACGCAGGAUAUCUUCGUCGACGGCCACGAGGGCGACCUGUGGGCCGUCGCAUGCCACCCCGCGCGCCCCGACGUCUUCGUGUCCGCGGCGGCGUCGAAGUCGGUGUUCCUGUGGAGCGCGUCGCAGCGGCGCGUCCUGCGCAUCGCGAACCUCCCGUUCAAGGCGCGCUCCGCCGCGGUGUGCCCGGCGGCGCUGGACGGCGCGCACCAUAUCGCGGUGGGCGGCAUGGACGGCAACAUCGCGGUCAUGGCCGACGCGGACCUGCGCCCCAUCGCGCAGCUGCGCGACACGCACCGCGAGGCCGCGGUCGUGCGCUACUCCCCCUGCGGAAGCUACCUCGCCGUGGGCACGCAGGACUGCCACGUGGACGUGUACGCCGUCAAGGCCGCGUACAAGCGCAUCGCGCGGUGCUCGGGGCACUCGAGCGCGAUCACCGCGCUCGACUUCUCCGCGGACGGCUCGGUCCUGCAGUCCACGAGCCAGGCGUACGAGCUCUUGUACUUCAACCCGCGCACGGGCAAGCAGGUGCUGCACCCGCAGCGCGACACGCAGUGGGCGACGUGGACGUGCCCGCUCGGGUUCCCCGUCAUGGGCAUCUGGCCCGAGGGCGCGGACGGCACCGACGUCAACUCGGUGUGCCGCUCGCGCGCUGGCGACCUUGUGGCGACGGCCGGCGACGACGGGUUCGUCUCGCUGUACAACUACCCCUGCGUCGUCGAGGAGGCCGCGUGCCGCGCGUACCGCGGCCACUCCAGCCACGUCAUGUGCGUGGACUUUGCGUGCGACGACACGCGCGUGCUGUCGGCCGGCGGGAAGGACCGGUCGAUCUUCCAGUUCGCCGUGCAGCCCGUGGAGCCCGAGCCGGAGCCGGAGCCCGCGCCGGAGCCGGUGUGGGGCCCGAUGGACCCCGAGGGCAAGCAGUACGGGUGGAUCACCCCCCCCGCGCACGGCGCAGGGGGGGUGUCCGAAGGGGAGGCGUCGCCGUCGAGGGCGCCGAAGCCGCCGCUGCCGCCGCGCGUGCCGUCCGCGAAGCUCGGGGCGCCGGGCGGGCCGAGGGACGCGCCGCACCAGGGGGGGGGAGUGACGCAGACCUGUUGUCAGGGCCCAUGUCGGCGUCCGUCGACGAGGCGGGCUGGGACGACGGGAGCCCCGCGGCGGACCUCGGCGCGCUGCUGGAGGACCGGGCCGCGGUGGCCGCGCAGGCUCCGGAGCUCGCGGGGUCGCCGAGCAGCGCCGACGCUGGCGCGCGUGGUCAGGGGGGGGUGUCUGGUGCGGGCGAGGCGGCGCGGGCGUCCGCGACGGGCAGCCAGGACUUCCUGGUGCACGAGGGCGCGGGCGAGGAGUCGUCCGUGGGGAGUCCGCGCGCGCGGCCGCCGCUGGCGGGGGACUCUGGUGCAGCUGCGAGCUACCCGGAGCACGGUGACGAGGCGGGGGCGGAAAUCGAGUGGGGGGACUCGGGGGCGUUCGACGACGUCGCGGGGCCGCGCGGGUACGAGUACGACGACGUGGACGGCGGCUGGGGGACCUAGAAGGAAAGAAACGCCGCGCACGCGUUUGUGA